AUGGAUGAGGACGAGGAGGACGAAGCGCCGCCGGCGCCGAAACCGAGCUCGAAGAAGGAUAAGAAGAAGGCGAAAAAGUCAGGAUUCGCCGCGCUCAUGGGUUCGGACGAUGAUGAUGUCGAUGAUCCCUUGGCGGCGGCGAUGGAUGAGGACGAGGUGGAGGUGGAGGUGAAGCCGAAGAAGGAUAAGAAGAAAAAGUCUGGUUUCGCCGCGCUCAUGGGAUCGGACGACGAGCCGGAUGACGAGGAAGAGUCCGAGUCGCGACCUACCGAAAAGAAGGAGAAAAAGAAGAAGAAGAAGGGCAGCUUCGCCGAGCUCAUGGACGCCGAUGAAGAGGCCGCAGCCGCGCUCGAUCUCAAGAAGAAGAAAAAGAAAAAGGCUGAAGCCGAACCCGAACUCGUCGUGGGCAAGAUAAUUGAAUGCAGCAAGCACCCGAUGGCGGAUCGAUUGCAAGUCUGCACGGUUGACAUCGGUAACGGUGAGACAAAGCGAUGCGUGUGCGGUGGUGCGAACGCUAAGAAGGGUCUGACGGUGAUUUUUGCCUGCGUCGGCGUGAAGAUUCCGGCCACCGGGCAAGUCAUUGAGAAGACCCCGCUGCGCGGCGUCAUGAGCGAAGGUAUGAUCCUUAGCGCUGUUGAAAUGGGCUGGGCGGACAGUGCCGAUGGCGUCUUUGAGCUCGACUCUGCUCAGUUCUCCGCUGGCGACCUCGUCCCUCCUGAAGCUCCUGACUUGAAGAAGGCAAAGGCUCCCGAGCCGGAGCCAGAGCCGGAGCCGGUCAUCGAGGAAGAAACGACGGCGGCGAGUUCGAAGAAGGACAAGAAGAAGAAGAAAAAAGCCGAGAAAAAGCCUGCUGAAGAUGAGGAAGACCUUGACGCAAUUUUAGCCGAGCUCAGUAUUGAAGUCAAACAGCCGCCGGCGGAGGAAGCUGGUGAGAGCAAGGCGGCGAAGAAGCGCAGAUUGAAGGCUGAACGCGAAGCCGCUGAAGCGGCUGAAGGUGGUGCGGCUCCCGCCGAUGCGGAUAACGGCGACGAUGGUGACGUCGACGGCAACGCUGACGACGAAGACGGAAAAGAACUCACGGCGGCGCAGAAGAAGAAGCUAAAGAAGAAGCAAAAGGAGAAGGAAGCCAAGGAGGCCAAAGCAAAGGCUGACGCGGAGAAGGAGAAGAAGGCUGGCGCUCCGAGCGCUCGAAUCCUCGCUCUUCAAGCGGAGAUGGAGAAGCGUAAGAAGAUCGAAGAGGAGAGGGCGAAGGCGGAAGCAGAAGCGCGUGCCGCCGCUGAAGAAGCCGAGCGUCUCGAGGCAGAGAAGGAAGCAGAGGAAGAAGCUCGUCGUGAGGCAAAGAAGCAAAAAGAGAAGGAGAAGAAGGAACGUCUCCGCGCUGAAGGCAAGCUCUUAAGCGCGAAGCAAAAGGCUGAGCAAGCGCGCUUGGCCGCGAUGCGCCAACAAAUGUUGGCCAAGGCUGGCAUCGACGCCGACAAGCUCGAAGAGGUUGUCAAACCGAAGCGUCCGGUUUACGAUGAUCGUAAAAAGAAAAAAGCUGAGUUCGAAGAGCGCCGUAGAAAGGCUGAAGAAGAACAUGCUGCGGCGCAGGCGAAGGCAAAGGCCGAGGAAGAAGCUCGACUUGCCGCGGAAGCUGAAGCAGCGGCGCAAGCUAAUGUUGCCGACGACUGGGACGCCGAGGAUUGGGAUGAGAAGGAUAUCGCCCUUCCAGGUCAGAAGGAGGAAGAAGAACGUCUCGCCAAGGAAGCUGCGGAAAAGGAAGCCGCAGAGAAAAAGCGGCAUGAGCAAGAAAAGCAGGCUGCUGAAGCUGCGGCCACGUUUGAAGCUAAGAAGGUAGCCAGGGCUAAGCUCACAGCAGAGAAGCCGUGGGCUAAGGAGGCAAAGGCAAAGGCCGCCGCGAAGGCGCAGGCUGAGGGCUCUAGCUCUGAAGAGGAAGAUUCAGACUCGGACGAUGAAUCGGACUCUGACUCCAAUGAGGAUUCCGAUAGUGACAGCUCAGACUACUCGGACUCGGACAGCUCAGACUACAGUGAAGAUAGUGACGACGUUCGAGAACGCGAGCGCGAAGAGCGAAUGCGAGCGGCCAAGGCCGCUCGUAUGGCGCGCUUUGAUAAAGCGAAGGCGCUGCGCAGCCCAAAUAAGCUUCGUUGUCCGAUCAUAUGUAUCAUGGGCCACGUCGAUACCGGUAAGACGAAGAUUUUGGACAACAUCAGACGAACAAACGUGCAAGACGGAGAAGCUGGAGGCAUCACGCAGCAAAUUGGUGCGACUUUCAUUCCGAAGGAGUCUCUUAUCGAACGCACGGCACAGCUGAACAAAGGAGAUUGGAAUUUGCGAGUGCCAGGUCUACUCGUUAUCGAUACGCCGGGUCACGAAUCGUUCACGAAUCUGCGUUCGAGAGGCUCUUCGCUUUGCGACCUCGCAAUCUUGGUCGUGGAUAUCAUGCACGGCUUAGAGCCGCAAACCAUCGAAUCCUUGAACAUGUUGCGAUCGCGAAAGACUCCAUUCGUCAUUGCAUUGAAUAAGAUCGAUCGCAUGUACGACUGGAAGGAGAACACAAACUUCCCCACUCAGGAGACACUUGCGCUGCAGAAACAGCACGCCCAACGUGAGUUCCAAGAUCGUUAUGACAAGAUCGUGAUUGAAUUCGCCGAACAAGGGUUGAACGUUGCGAAGUACUGGGAGAACCCGGAUCCGCGAACAUUCAUCAACAUCAUCCCGACCUCCGCCAUCACGGGCGAGGGUAUGCCGGAUAUUCUGCAAACUCUCGUCGACCUGUGCCAGAACCGCAUGAACGAACGAAUUCAGUAUGUGCCGGCUGUACAGUGCACCGUGCUCGAAGUGAAGAUGAUCGAAGGUUUGGGUACGAGCGUGGACGUCAUCUUAAUCAACGGCAAGCUCAAGGAGGGUCAGACAAUUGUCGUCGCCGGUCUAGAAGGAGCCAUCACAACUCAGAUUCGUGCCCUACUUACGCCUCAACCUAUGCGUGAGAUGCGUGUGAAGGGUAGUUACAUUCACCACAAAGAAAUUGAGGGCGCGCAGGGUAUCAAGAUCGUCGCCACUGGCUUAGAAAAGGCUGUCGCUGGUACGUCGCUCUUGGUGCUCGACGCCCAAGACGAUGAAGAGGAACUUCGAGAAGAAGUGCUCAGUGAUAUGAGAGGCGUGCUCGCGCGCGUUGACAAGAGUGGUGAGGGUGUGUACGUCCAAGCAUCGACGCUCGGUUCCUUGGAGGCGCUUUUGGAAUUCUUGAAGUCGGAUGCAGUGAAAAUUCCGGUCGCUGGUAUCGCCAUCGGUCCGGUGAACAAGCGCGACGUCAUGGGUGCCAGCGUGAUGCACGAGCGCAAGAGGCCAGAAUAUGCAACCAUUCUAGCCUUCGAUGUUCCGGUGACGAAGGAAGCUACCUUGAUGGCGGACGAAUUGAACGUGCGUAUCUUCACGGCGGAUAUCAUCUACCACUUGUUCGAUCAGUUUACUGCUUUCAUGGAAAAGGUGAAGAAGGACAAGAAGGAUGCAGCCGCCAACCACGUCAACUUCCCGUGCAUUUUGCAGAUUAUGCCGAAUUGUGUAUUCAACAAGCGUGAUCCUAUCAUCGUCGGAGUGGAUAUUGUGAAGGGUAUCGCGCGCGUCGGCACACAGAUUUGCAUCCCAUCGCAGGGAUACAUCGACAUUGGUAAGAUUGCAUCCAUGGAGCUCAAUCACAAGGAAGUCAAGCAGGCGACAGCGGGUCAGUCCGUGGCGAUGAAGAUCGAGCCGAAGACGCCCUCCGAGUCCUCUCGACUUUACGGCCGUCACUUUGAUCAUAAGGAUCAACUCGUUUCGAGAAUGACACGUGAGUCCAUCGACUCGCUGAAGGAGUCAUUCCGAGACGAUUUGAGCAAGGAUGACUGGAGGCUUGUCGUACAGCUCAAGACGCAACAAGAGAAAGCUCUCGGGGAAACAAUUUAG